AUGAAGUUGAAUGAAACCAAGACGUCCCCCGAAGAUGAAAUCUUCCAACUCUAUGAGCCGGUUGAUCGAGAGAUUCCUCAUGCAAAACCUUGCACAAAAGAUCACCGGAGCUACUACAUGAUGAGUACAUCUUUAUCCAGCGGUUUACCGUCAAAGAACGUCGAUCAGUUUAUACAGAGACAGAAUCUGGACCCAUUUUACAGGAAUCAUUCAAAUGAGUUCGAUUCCGAAGACGAGGCGAGGAAUUUCUACGUAGAUUACGCGAGAAGAUUAGGGUUCGUGGUGCGGAUGAUGCAGAGGCGUCGAUCGGGGAUCGACGGAAGAACACUCGCUCGGAGACUCGGCUGUAACAAACAAGGGUUUUCUCCCAACAGUCAGAAAAGUGCACAUCUUGGAGGAGAGAAGAGGCCGAGACACAGUUCUCGAGAAGGCUGCAAGGCCACGAUCCUCGUGAAAAUGGAGAAAUCUGGGAAAUGGGUCGUCACCAGAUUCAUCAAAGAGCACAACCAUCCACUCUUCCUCACUGCUUCUCCAUACAAUACUGUUCUUGCCGACAAAGACAAGCAGAUCGAGGAGCUCGAGAGGGAGAUCGGGCAUCAGAAUCAGUUGUGUGAAGCUUACAGAGACAGGUUGCUGAGUUUAAUGAACAAUGUUGAACAACACACAGAAGAGUUGUCUUCCAGAAUCCGAGAUAUUGCAGAGAAUGUUAAGAAAAUUGAAUCCGAAUUGCAAAUUCAUAACAUCCGUACAUAGCCAUUGUAGUGUAAUGUAACCACAUUCAUUCAUCUGUGUAUUCAGUCUUGUGUUCA